CUUGUGUGACGUCAGCGAGCAGGCUUGGCUCCAGUGUCCGCUUUGGGACGCACUCAGCGCGGGGAAAAUGCUGCUCUCCGUACCGCCAAGGACAGCCAUCAACCCGUACAGCGGCUCGUACAACAGCAGGAACACUAAAAAGUGAGCUGCAGUGUCCUUGAGGAGUUGCUUGAGCUUUCCCCCGCUGCAGACAUGGCCUCUGAAGUUUCAGCUCGGAGCUUCUGGAUCCGACAAAGUGCUCAGGUCCUCAGAAUGCACCAAAUUUACCAGCAGUCCUAUGUAUCCUCCGGCCCCCAGAUGGCGCCCCCGAGUCCCAACACCAACAGCAGCAGUGCAGGAGGUGGAGAACAGCUGAGCAAAACCAACCUGUACAUCCGCGGCCUGCACCCCGGGACCACUGACCAGGACCUGGUGAAACUCUGCCAACCGUACGGGAAGAUCGUAUCCACCAAAGCCAUCCUGGACAAAACGACCAACAAGUGCAAAGGUUAUGGCUUUGUUGACUUUGACAGUCCAGCAGCAGCUCAGAAAGCAGUAACAGCUCUAAAGUCCACUGGGAUCCAGGCACAAAUGGCCAAACAACAGGAGCAGGACCCGACUAACCUGUACAUCUCCAACCUGCCCGUGUCCAUGGACGAGCAGGAGCUGGAGUCCAUGCUGAAAUCCUUCGGUCAGGUCAUUUCCACACGAAUCCUCCGAGACGCCAAUGGGACCAGCAGAGGUGUCGGAUUCGCCAGGAUGGAAUCUACAGAGAAAUGUGAAGCCAUUAUUCAACAUUUUAAUGGAAAAUAUAUUAAAACUCCACCAGGAGUGCCAGUUCCCACAGAGCCGUUGUUAUGUAAGUUUGCUGAUGGAGGACAGAAGAAGAGACAGAAUCAGGGGAAGUACCUGCAGAACGGCCGGCCCUGGGUCAGAGACACCGAGACGGGAGGAAUGACGCUAACGUACGACCCCACAGCCUUACAGAACGGGUUCUAUUCGUCUCCGUACAGCAUCGCUCCCAACAGAAUGAUCGCUCCCACCUCCCUGUCCCCCUACAUGCCUUCUCAAGUUCCCUCGUACCAGGUUCACAGUCCAUCAUGGAUGCACCACCAGUCGUACCUCAUGCAGCCCACAGGGACAGUUUUAACCCCAGCGAUGGACCACACGAUGUCCAUCCAGCCCACCUCUCUGAUGAGUCCUUUAACCCAGCAGCUCAGUCACCUCUCACUGGGAAGCGCUGGAACGUACAUGCCUGCAAAUACGACUAUGCAAGGGACCUACAUCCCUCAGUACACCCCCGUGCCUCCGUCCAGCGUCUCUGUGGAGGUGAGACAGGAGAACAGCGGAACCCAGCAGCAAGUCCCCAUAGAACCUGCUGCAGACCACAGCAACUACACCUACCAACACAGCAAGUGAAGCUGAGGAUGUGUGAUGUGAGGUGAUGCGGCGUGUUGCUGUGGGUAACGGCGCUCUCUCCGUGAGGUGAUUAACUUUCCCGCUGAUGUACAGAACCAGAGACACGGAUAGACUCGGAUAAAAACUCGGAUAAAAACUCGGAUGAACAAAGCAACACGUCUAUUUUUUUUUUAGAGUAGUAAUUAACCACCGCUCGUCUUUCCCUCUUGGAGCGUCGCCUAGCCAAACGGUGGGAGUUCAGAGAAGGAGCUUCUUCUAUUUUGAUAAAAAUAAUAAUAAAAAAAACGUAAAAUCAACAACAAUAAUAAUAAAAAUAAUUCCUAAAAAGGUGAAGAAAGACACGUGGAGGUCACGUGACGCGUGUUUGUAAGAGCAAAUUCUUAUUUUUUUCAAGAAAUCCUUUUUGAGAAGCUGAGACAGAGAUUGCGCAACACCGUGUGUCUAUCGUUGUUGUUGUUUUCUCUUUUUUUUGUAAAAAUAUGCAAGUUUUUAUUUUCUAUUUUUGUUUAUUUUCUUUUCACUCAGCAGCAGUUUGAGAUAUUUUUGUACUGAGACACAAACAAUGCCUUCGAUUUUUAUUUCUCAUUGUUUUAAAAAUUCUAUUUUUACUACGAGUCAACCGUUUAAAGUCACUUCUUCCUCAAAGAAAAAAAAGAAAUAAUAAUCCUUAUAGAAUUUAAUAUUUUCAUUUUAUUUAUUUAUUUUUUUAAUGCACAGGACAAUCAUUAUUGUGUUAUUUAUUUGUGACACAACAGCGAAGUCUUUCCAGAAAUAGAUUAUAUAAAAUGGUUUUUAUUUUAUUUGGCUUUAUUUCUCUGUUUCUCAAUGUUAAAAAAUUUUAAAAAAGAAAGAAAAAAAUCUCUUUUUAUUGACUGAAGAAGUGACUUUAAGUGGUUUUUAUUUAACGAAGAAAAAAAGGUAAAUAAAGCUAAAUUCUUGAGAGAGUGUGUCCUGCACAUGGGUGUGAAAUACAGUGAUGUUAAAAUGCUUCAGAUAAAAACAAAACAAAAAAAAGAAACAGCCUCAUGAGGUGAUUUUAAAAUUAUUUGUGUGCUUUAAAGAAAUAUUUUAGAAUUUUUUAUUGAAGUCAGAUUUUUUUGGUGCUGGUAAUUGCAGGAAAAAAGAGAUUAAAAAAUGUCCUGAUGAGAUUUUUUAUUUUUAUUUUUUUUUGCUGCUUUUUUAUUUUUUUUGCAUUUUUAUCUUAUUUUUUUUGUUAUUUUUUCUGUCAUGUCGUGUUCCUUCCUCUGUGACGUCCAGUUCGAAAGAAUUUGAGUAGAAAAUAGAAUUUAAUCAAGCCGUAAGAAAGGAAGACGGAGGAUGGUGUGUUUUCGUUCAGAAAUUUGCUUAUUUUUUUCCUCCUUUUUUAUUUUCUACACCAAAAAUUCUUUUCUCAUCUCUUUACACUUUUUUUCAUCACAGAUAUCUAAAAAAUUUAAAUUCUGUGCUGAUCAGCGAUCUUCAUCAUGACAUCUGAGGACAGAAUAAGGGCUUAUUUUAUAAUAAACACACAAAAAUAAACAACAAAAUAAAAGGACCAGAGCACAAGAUGAAUGUAAAUACCAGCCAGCUUCUUUACAAAAACAUAUAUCAAUAAACAAAUAAAUAAAUAAAUGUUAACUUAAAGUUUUGUAAUUUUGUUAGCAUCGGUUGAAUUGUUAAUAACAAAACUUUUUUUAAUUUAUUUAUAAUUGGUUGAGAAUGAAGAUCUGUAGGGAUAAAAUCUUUGCAUGGCGCCAAUCCUGAAAUACGUUUUUUAAAAUAAUGAGCUAAUUUCUUUUCUUUUAUCAUUCUGUACACGUGAUAUUUAUAUCAGCAACCAAAGAUAUCAGAGCUAACGAAGCCAUGAGUUCAUUCAGAACAGAGUUUCAGUUUUUAUUUAACGAAAAGAAAUCUUUAUGGCCGCUUCGCAAAAACGCUGGUGUAAAAUGACUUUCUCUAACGAGACUCUUAACGAGUUUGUGGUGAGAGACGGUGUGCUCGCUGAUAGGGCUCACUACUGCGGCUAAUUAAUUAACAUCCAGCUAAUUAGCGGUUAGGGUAUGAGAUUAGCGCUCUGUACGUCAGCGCGCUCAGCCGCUUAGCGUCAUCUGAACGUGAGCUGUGUAGCUGCUACUGUUUCUGUCUGUUAAAAAACACCUGCAGUGCAUCAUGGGUAAUUGAUAUGUCUCCCUCAGCCAUUGGGAAUAAAACACAAGCUUUUUCCAUCGAGAGUUUAUGAAAUUUUAAUGUUAGAAUUAUUCCGAUUAUUGGUUCGUCACCUGAAACGCGGCAGUAUCGUUACAUAUUAUUGUUUUAUUUGUUAUCUCGUUAAAAGCUGAACGUUAUUUCAGUUAUUUUCCGUGACCUUUGACCCUAAAAUCGAAACUUUUUUCCUUUUGUUUUUCCUUUUUAGCUUUUUUUCUGAGUUUGUUGUUGUUGUUUGUCAGCAUGAUUUAAAUUUUGUGUCAAAACAAAGAAACCAUAUUUCAUGGCUCAGACAUGCAGUUCACCUCAUGAAGGAAACACAUGGGUUUUAAUCAAGGAAAAAUACAGAUAUAUAUUUUUUCUUUUUUUUUUCUUUUAUCAACUUUCACUAAGAAUCCAGAAACAAGUUUUGAAACUAUGAAAUGACGCGUUACAUCACAGUGUUGUUGUUUUUAAUAUUCAUGUUAUUUAUGGUUAUUUUCACUAAAACACGUUUGAAAUGUCGUAAAAAAUUCCAUGAAAAUAUUUUCCUGCUUUGUUUGUGGGUCAUGUUGCACAAAAAAUCCAGCCGUUUAUUUAAAAUAAAAUGCAGCUCUUUUUCCUGUCUAUUUAACAUAAAUAUCAAUUUUUAAAGUUUUAAUAUUAAUUAAAUAUUAUUAAAACUUUCUUACAUUUUUUCAUCUCAAAUGUGUUUAAUUGGUCAAUUUAAAUAAAUAAGUAAAAUUAUAAUUAAUUCCCAUUAUUUAUGCUAAAUAAUAAUAUAAAUAAAUAAAUAAUAAUAAAAUAAAUACAGUAAAUAAUUCUAGGCCAUUGUGUCCUUUAAAUCUUUAAGAACUUUAAAUUUUUUUUGUUUUCUUUUCUAUCUGGUGUUUAGUUUUAACGUUAUGGUUAACUUUCUGCUUCCAGACCACGCCCACAUUCGUUACGGUUUUAAAAAGCAGGAAGUUAACCCAAAAAAAGGACGGCUAAGGCGUCAGCGUGGAGGUGUGUGUGUUCAGAGUGAGCUUUGUGCUGCUUUUUGUUGAUGUAAAAACUUCAUGUUCUUCUUCUUUUGUCUUUUUUUCUUCUUGCCUCUGAAAGUUUAUUUCAUAGUUUCAAAACCCUCGGCUGCUAUAACAGGAGAGUCCAGCAGUUCAGGAGAUCGAAAAAAAGCCAAACUGACCGGGACGAACCUGGAAAAUGUGCCUCUGAAAAAAAAAGAAAGAAA